AUGACAGGCGGCGCGAUCGAGGGCGAGAGCGGUGGAAUGUCAGAGACGACGACAGGCCGCCGGAACGACCGUCGGAAAGGAAUGAGUCAUUGGAAGACAAAUAUAGAGCACUCGGACUUAGAUAGUGAUAGGGGUGCACUUUUAGGCAACGAGCUCACAAAGACCCACGAAGGGCCUAUUAAUGGGCAUAGCGAACCCGUAGGGCGAAGCAGUAGUAGGGACGACAGGAACGGUAGCAUCAGCCAGCAAAGUGGGCUGCCGCAGACAGACGAUGGUACUGCCAGAGAUAUAGACACACACACCAACACAGAUACACACACCCCUCGCACGUCCCCAUCCCCACAACCACAAUCGCAAUCGCACACUCCGCCAACACGUGCGGGUACCAAUGGGUCUGGUAGCAGCACAGGGGCGUCUCGGCGACAACGGUACGGGCACUCGAGCGAGGGUGUACGCAGAGAACGGUGUGCGCUGGGUGAGAGGUGUCCGUGUGUGUUCACGCCUGUGUGCAUGGUUAUGGAGGGCAAUGAACUCAAGAGCUCGAGUCUGAUUGGCGGCGUGUGCAAGACUAAUAUGAACCAUGGCGGUACGAAGGAUGUGGUUAUUGGAUUGGAUGUGGCCGUGCAG